ACGGCAUCCUGCGGCUUAUUCGAGACUGAAAACUCAUGACUGGAGUGAAGCGGACAGAGUGACUGCCAGAUGAGCAGGAACACUCACGUGUUGCAGUGUCCUUUGCAGAAACAGGAAGGAACAACCAACAGCUACCCCUCGGCCCUUCGCUGCCAUUGGCUUGGUGACGUGAGUGAAGUUUACCCCCGCACCAAAGUCACUCUGGUCCUUGACAUUGGCAUAUCGAUGUGGUUCGUGAUUUGUGAUCUUGAUACUUUGAUGACACUUUGCCUUUACCGUUAUGUCGUGCUUCUAUUGUAUAUUUCCUUGAUCCUUUAUAGGAAGUUUCGGCAUUUCAUUUUUGUUCUGCCUAGACAGCAACCGCCGAAGCCGUUGGACUGAUCCGUGUCUACCGAGAAUGCAGAACUGGUUAGCACGCAUCGUUGCCGCACCAGUGCCCACAUAUAAUGGGCAGGAAGAGACAUUGCCGUUUCAACCUAGACGUAAGCACAGCUACACAGCCCGCCCAAGGCCACGCCUGAGACGGUAGAAAAACACCAUCUCAACCCUCAGCAUCUGCCAAAUAACAAAAAGA